AUGGGUUUCCUGGGCAGGCUGGCGGUGCUGCCAAAAUUUGGGGCGGCGGCCCGGGCCGGUGGUGCCUGGCGGCGGCGGGACCGACCCUGCGCGGGGGUCCCGCUCCCGGGCCGCGCCGCCGCUGCCCUCCGCCCGUCACCCGGCGGCCGCGCCGCCUCCUCAAGGGCCUUGGGCGACUACGAGGAAGUUUUCCGGUCUUCCCUGGCGGAGCCCGAGAAAGUCUGGGGAGCAGCCGCUGAACAGAUCCAGUGGUACAAACCCUGGGUCCGGACUCUGGAGAGAGGCAGCGCGGGGAGCGCCUCCUGGUUUGUAGGUGGAGAGCUGAAUAUCUGUUACAAUGCUGUAGAUCGUCAUGUUGAGAAUGGACGAGGAGACCAAGUUGCCAUUAUUUAUGACAGUCCUGUAACAAAUACCAAAGAGAAAAUAACAUAUAAGGAACUUUUUGAGCAGGUCUCCAAGUUAGCUGAUGUCAUGAUCAGACAUGGUGUGAAGAAAGGAGAUCGUGUGGUCAUCUACAUGCCCAUGAUUCCACAGACAGUGUACUGUAUGCUGGCUUGUGCAAGAAUAGGAGCCAUCCAUAGCCUGAUUUUUGGUGGAUUUGCAUCUAAAGAGCUUUCUGUUCGCAUUGAUCAUGCAAAGCCCAAAUUUAUUGUAACAGCUAGUUUUGGAGUAGAACCGAAAAGAAAAGUGGAAUACAUAUCCCUCCUAGAAGGAGCACUGGCAAGGAUACAGAGCAAACCUGAUAAAGUUCUCAUUUACAAGCGACCUAAUUUGGGCCAUGUUCCUCUUACUCGAGGUCGUGAUCUUGACUGGGAAGAAGAGCUUGCAACAGCACAGUGUUCUAAAUGUGUCUCAGUUCCCUCAGACCAUCCACUUUAUAUUCUGUAUACAUCUGGAACAACAGGCUUGCCCAAGGGUGUUGUCAGACCAACAGGUGGCUAUGCAGUUAUGCUAAACUGGACAAUGUCAGCUGUAUACGGACUCACACCUGGUGAGGUGUGGUGGGCAGCUUCUGAUUUAGGCUGGGUUGUUGGUCAUUCCUAUAUUUGCUAUGGACCUCUCCUUCAUGGGAAUACUACAGUUUUGUAUGAGGGGAAGCCUGUGGGAACGCCAGAUGCUGGUGCCUAUUUCCGUGUGCUAGCAGAGCAUGAAGUAGCUGCCUUCUUUACUUCACCAACUGCAAUUAGAGCAAUCCGUCAGCAGGACCCUGAGGCAACCUUGGGAAAGCAGUACUCUCUGAAAAGGUUCAGAACGUUAUUUGUAGCUGGCGAGCACUGUGAUGUGGACACGCUAAAAUGGUCAAAAGAAGUUUUCAAGGUACCUGUCUUGGACCACUGGUGGCAAACUGAAUCUGGUUCUGCAAUUACUGCUUCCUGUAUUGGUUUGGGAAACUCUACAACACCUCCACCCGGACAGGCAGGAAAACCUGUGCCAGGAUAUAAUGUGAUGAUUCUGGAUGAAAAUAAAGAACCAGUGAAGGCCAAGACACUGGGAAAUAUUGUGGUAAAGUUGCCUUUGCCUCCUGGAGCAUUCUCAGGUCUUUGGGAAAAUAAAGAAACAUUCCAGAAGUUAUAUUUCCAAAAAUUUCCAGGAUAUUAUGAUACUAUGGAUGCUGGCUAUAUGGAUGAAGAUGGCUAUUUAUAUGUCCUGUCUCGAGCUGAUGAUGUGAUCAAUGUUGCCGGACACAGAAUUUCAGCAGGUGCGAUUGAAGAGUGUAUUCUCUUCCAUCCCGCUGUGGCAGACUGUGCUGUUGUGGGCCAGGAGGAUCCUUUAAAAGGACAUGUUCCGUUUGCACUGUGUGUACUGAGGCAAGGUAUAAAGACAGAAAAGAAUAAGAUUUUGAACGAGAUUGUUGAGCGAGUUCGAACUAACAUUGGCCCUGUAGCAGCUUUCCAGAAGGGGAUGUUUGUGAAACAGCUACCAAAAACACGCUCUGGCAAGAUACCACGUUCGGCUCUUUCUGCACUUGUCAGUGGAAAGCCAUACAAGAUAACACCAACCAUUGAAGAUGCUAGUGUGUUUAAACACAUUGAAGAACUGCUAAAGAAAAAUUAAAUGGGAUAAUACAUCAAUAACAAACAUUUUAAUUACAGAAGUACAAAGAGACUUUCUGUCUGUUAAGAUUACCACAUUUUAAAAACUAGUCAUGAUUUGGAACAAAAUGUUUUUACUGCAGAAACAUUACUGUGUUCUUUACCAUCUUGUCACAGCCAGUGACACAUAGUAAAGUCUCUGGAUGUUGUGAAUAUAUGCUGGUUAUUAAGAUGGCUAAGAAUUGCACAUAGAAUUAAUACAUUUCUAUAGUCUUAAAGGGGAGGAGUCUGUAUGAUGUCAUGUAACCUUUCAUUUCAGUCUGUUUUUGUAUAAUGUGACCAGUAACUUGAGUUUGAAUACAACAGUUUACAAAAAGUAAGUCAUGAACUGAGGACAGCAAUAAAUAGGAAUUUAAUUGUGAAAAUUGUUGAAGACAUAAAUUGUUCUCACUUGUAAAUUAGAAGCCUUUACAUCUUUUAAAUUUUUCUAAAAUUAAAAAUUUUAAAAUUAAUUUUCUUGAUUCCACUGAUUUCUUUUUCUUCCUAAGACUUUCUGCUAUAAAUUAGAUUCCUAUAAUUUUUUUACUCAAUAACUUUCUGAAAUGUCUUUUUUGUAGAAUGAUAAAUAAUUUCUGGCUUUCAAAUAUGUGAAAAUCCUCAUUUGUCUGCUCAGUAAUACACACGAUUUUAAAUAAAGGCAGGCAUUUACUCUUUGCA